CUUUUUCUUUCCGGCACUUUUACCGGUGUCUUCUUAAAAAUGUCGCCGGCAAGGAUGGCUACGCGUGUUUCUUGUGGAAGAGAUUUCCACUGCGUCCCUGACAGUAACAGGGUUCUAGACACAGCUUGUAAAGCAGGGUUUGACUAUGUGUGUUUGCCGAUUGUUAAUCCUCGCUACAAGAGGGAGAAGGUUCAAGGUCCAGCCAAGAACAGACCAGGAGCCCUCACCAGAUCUGACCUGUGCAUGACCAGUAGUGACUGGGGCAGUUUAAUUGUGGGUAAAACAUCACCAUGGCUACAGCUAGAUUCAGCAGUGGACCAUAUCAGGAAAAACUCUGAAAUAGCAUUUAAAGAGGAGCUGAACUACGCCUCCCACCUGGGUUUACCGGCUGUUCUCAUUCCAAUGAAAAACGGCAACAUGAUGAACAUGGCCCGCUCUCUCAAUGAGCACAUCCAGGGAGGCUUCUUUCAGCAGCAAUUCUGGAUGCACGUGCCGACAAUGAACAGUGCAGACUGUGUGGAGGACAUUGUUGAGGGGGAGGAGAGAGAUGGGGGCCGACAGCCCAGUGAUGACACGUGGGAAUGGUGGAACACAUUCCGGACCAUGUGCGACUCCAAUAAACGUAUCAGCGUUGCCUUGGAGCUAACAGAAGACCUACCCCCAUACUCAAGCCUCCAACGGUGGCUUGCGGAGCCAGUCAAGGCAGUCAUCAUCUCUACAAGCCUCUUCCUCACUAACAAGAAGGGCUACCCUGUCCUCUCUAAAACACACCAGGGAUACCUUCGCAGUCUCUUUAAGCUUGAUGUUCAACUGAUAUUGACCGGUGUUGACCGCCACCCAGAGAAGGGGAUCCACUCAUACCAGCAGUACCUAGACCACCUCUGGCAGGUAGGAAAUAAAGCAGUAGCUUUGGAGACCAAACAUGAAAUGUACAUAGACCACCUCUGGCAGACACAGCCAACUCCUGACACAGUGACACAGUUUGCGAAGGGAUAUGAGGAUUACCUCCAGUGCCCUCUGCAGCCCCUAAUGGACAACCUUGAGUCUCAGACAUAUGAAAUCUUUGAGAAAGACCCCAUUAAGUACUCCCAGUAUCAGAAGGCAGUAUAUUAUGCAUUGCUUGAUAAAAUAAAGCCAGAGGAUAAAGAAACUAAAUCUGUUGUGUUGAUGGUAGUUGGGGCGGGUCGAGGGCCACUUGUUCGAGCUUCCCUUGCCGCUAGCAGACAGGCAGAUCGAAAAAUCAGCAAACUGUACGCUGUUGAGAAGAACCCAAAUGCUGUUGUCACCUUGGAGAAUCUCCGGGACGAGAUGUGGGGUGAUCAGGUGGAAGUGAUUUCAUGCGACAUGCGCCUCUGGCAGGCUCCUGUCAAGGCAGACAUACUUGUUAGUGAGCUCUUGGGCUCGUUUGGGGAUAACGAAUUGUCACCAGAGUGUUUGGAUGGAGCACAGAGGUUCCUCAAGGAGGAUGGUAUCAGCAUCCCGUGUGAGUACACAUCAUACCUGGCGCCCCUACAAUCAUCCAAACUGUACAAUGAGGUCCGCACAACAAAGGACAAAGACAAACCACUAGAAUCCAACUUUGAGAUGCCGUAUGUUGUCCGCCUUCACAAUUGUCAGAUCCUGGACAACCCAAAACCUGUGUUUCAAUUUCAUCAUCCAAAUAGAGAUGAGGUGAUAGACAACAGUCGUUUCCUGAGUCUUGAGUUUAACAUUGAGAAUACAGCCAUACUACACGGGUUUGCUGGAUACUUCGAUGCUAGACUUUUCGGCGAUGUUUACCUCAGUAUAGUUCCAGAGACCCACUCGCCUGGCAUGUUUAGCUGGUUCCCCAUCCUGUUCCCUAUUAAGACCCCGAUGUACUUGAAAGUUGGAGACAAGGUGGAGGUGGAUUUUUGGCGGCGAGUAAGUGAAAAAAAUGUCUGGUAUGAGUGGAGCGUGCGUAAACCUUACCCCAUGCCAAUACACAACCCCAAGGGCAGGUCCUACACCAUCGGUCUGUGAAGGACCAGAGAUGGAUCAAAAUCAUAGGCAUCCUUAAAUAGUCCUUUUAGACUACAGUGUAUUGUUAUUCUUUAUUUCAAUCUUAAACAUUUGGACAAACACAAUGUACAUGAAGAUGCAAAUCUGUUUAAAAUUGUUUUGCUUAUAUAGAGUUUUUAAAUGAAAGUAAUGUUCAGAACUUUGUGUUAAAUAAUGAAAAUUAUAUCAUUGUGAUAAUCUACUGUACGAUAAUUUUCUGAAAAAUGUAAACAAUCUGUAUAUGGCUAAGCCAGAGAUCAGCCUGAUGUAUGGACUCAACACUCUAAAAAGGCUGGACCAAACUUUGGUCACAUUCUCUAAUUGCAAUAAAUGCUGAUACCUUU